AUGUUUCUACUGAUCAUUGUUAUAUACUUUUCAAUGAUUAAAGUCUUGAAUUCUUGUAUUCCGACGCAGAAUAUUGAGACUACAACAACAACGACUACAGUUGCAACAACUACCACAACGGCAUUUGCCUGCUCAACUUGCUCUAAUAUUUAUAAUACUGGAUGUCAGGGAACAGGCCUUCCAAGUGCCUCUAAUUGGUGUGUAAAGGAAGAAGAUGUCCCUGUUCAAUAUUCCGUAGAAUCUGCCAGUUUUUACGUUGAUUAUGAGUUCCUCACUGACGAAAUGGCUUGCACCACAACACUGUCUUGUCCUUCUGGUACCCAUUCUGUGUUUUUGGUAAGUGGUUACGAAGAGGAAGGCGAAAAUUACGGGUUGGAUCCGACCACACUGUACUGUCCAGAAUCAGGGACAUCAGCAGGGAGAUGGACGUCAUAUCUAAACGGUCAUGAAGCAAACGGAAUAACUCGAAUGACUUGUAAAAACAACUAA